AAUAAAUUAGGAAUCGUAAUAAUAAUGAUAAUAUAAAUAGCGUCGUAUUAUUGAUUUAAUUGCCCCACCAUAACACAUCUUAUCAGCAUUUGAGUGGAGUCGAGACCUAUAUAGCUAGGAAGAUUCAAAGUUAUUUUUCCAUGCCAAGCCAAUUGAGAACCAAAGAAACUGUAUUCCUGACUCCUGAGAAAAAACCAUAAAGAAAAAGUAAAAUUUUGCCGAGAGAAGAACAGAAACUGAAAAAUGAGAAAACCUCAUAAUAGUAUGGAGUUACUAAUUCACCUUUUGCAAAUAGCCGUGCUUCUGAGCACUGCCUUCCGUUUAUGUGUAGCAGCAGCCGAUACACAACACAAACAAGUGAAGAAGACUUACAUUGUUCAUAUGGAUAAGUCUCAUAAGCCUGCAAGUUCUGAUGACCAUCUCAAAUGGUACGAGUCAUCUUUAAAAUCGGUUUCUCAUUCGGCUCAAAUGUUUUACACCUAUGACAAAGUAAUUAACGGCUUUUCCACAAGGCUGACGGAAGAAGAAGCCCAGCAGCUUGAAAAGAAACCAGGGGUUCUCUCUAUCCUACCUGAAAUCCAGUAUGAGCUUCAUACGACUCGAACACCUGAGUUUCUUGGGCUUGGAAACAGCGAAUCUAUCUUUCCAACCUCAGACAAAGUUAGCGAGGUGGUGAUAGGAGUUUUGGACACAGGUGUGUGGCCUGAAAGCAAAAGCUUCGAUGACACCGGGCUUGGGAAGCCCCCAACUAGAUGGAAAGGGGAGUGCCAAGUGGGCAACAACUUCAAUUCUUCAAGUUGUAACCGAAAACUUAUUGGUGCGAGAUUUUUCGCGGAAGGGUACGAAAGAGCAUUUGGACCGGUUGACAACAAAACAGAAUCAAGAUCACCAAGAGAUGACGAAGGCCAUGGAACUCAUACCACAACCACCGCAGCUGGCUCAUCUGUUUCAGAGGCUAGCCUAUUUGGUUUUGCUUCUGGCACAGCACGAGGUAUGGCUGCGACAGCCCGGGUAGCCACGUAUAAGGUGUGCUGGGUUGGUGGAUGUUUUGGUACGGAUAUAUUAGCAGGUAUAGAGCAGGCUAUUAAAGAUGGUGUCAAUGUUUUGUCAUUGUCUAUCGGCGGAAGUUUAAAUGAUUACACCAAAGAUACAGUAGCAAUUGGUGCUUUUGCUGCAAUGGCUAAUGGAAUUGUGGUGUCCCUCUCAGCUGGAAAUUCUGGACCAAGUUCGGGGAGCUUAUCCAAUGUUGCACCUUGGAUGAUCACUGUGGGUGCAGGAACAUUAGAUCGUGAUUUCCCAGUUUAUGUUAGCCUUGGUAAUGGACAGAAAUACAAAGGUGUUUCACUAUAUGGGGGCCAACCUUUGUCUGAUGAGGUACUUCCAAUUGUUUAUGCUCAAAAGGCAAGUAAUUCCACAAAUGGUAAUCUAUGCUUGCCUAGCAGUUUGGUUACUGAAAAGGUCUCAGGAAAAAUUGUGUUGUGUGAUCGAGGGGGAAACUCAAGGGCUCAAAAGGGUCAAGUAGUCAAAGAUGCAGGUGGCGUUGGGAUGAUCUUGUCUAAUACAGAAUCUUAUGGUGAGGAACUUGUGGCUGAUGCACAUCUCCUUCCCACAGCAGCUGUUGGCCAAAAAAAUGGUGAUUUGAUAAAGGCUUAUCUUAGUUCUGAGGCUAAUCCAACAGCCACAAUCUCCAAAGGAGCGACACAAUUGGGAGUUCAACCCUCACCAGUAGUUGCAGCUUUCAGUUCUAGAGGACCAAAUCCAAUCACUCCAGAAAUACUUAAACCAGACUUGAUAGCACCGGGGGUAAACAUACUUGCUGGGUGGACUGGCGCAGCUGCACCAACUGGAUUAGACAAUGACAAGAGGCGUGUAAGCUUCAACAUCAUUUCAGGUACAUCCAUGUCUUGCCCUCAUGUGAGUGGACUGGUUGCCCUCCUCAAGGCUGAGUACCCAGAAUGGAGUCCUGCAGCUGUGAAAUCAGCUCUUAUGACUACUGCCUAUUCAAUGUAUAAUAAUGGUAAAACUAUAAUAGAUGUUGCUACCGGAAAUCCAUCAACACCAUUUGACUAUGGAUCAGGCCAUGUAGACCCAGUGGCAGCUCUUGACCCCGGUCUUGUUUAUGAUGCUACUAUUGACGACUACAUAAGCUUCCUCUGUGCUUUAAAUUACAGUGCAACUGAGAUUAAGAUUGUCACCAACAAAGACUACACUUGUGAUGUAACCAAAAAGUACAACCUUGGAGAUUUUAACUACCCAUCUUUUGCAGUUCCUUUUCAAACAGCACUUGGUAGUAGUUCUAGUGUUUCAAGCAGUGCAAGAUACACAAGAACUCUGACAAAUGUUGGUGCGCCAGCAACAUAUAAGGUCAAAGUAUCUUCAUAUAUUUCAUCAAUUAAAAUCUUGGUUCAGCCAGAAUUACUGAGCUUUAGUGAGGAAUAUGAGAAGAAAACAUACACUGUGACAUUCACUGCCCCUUCAUUGCCGUCAGGUACAACCAGCUUUGCUCGUCUCGAAUGGUCAGACGGGAAACAUAUUGUUGGGAGCCCUAUUGCUUUUAGCUGGACAUAAUUAAAAGAAAGUUAACUAAUAUUAAGGUACAAGAAAUUUGGAAUACAAGAAGAUAUCUGUUCACAACAAUUGAGCAACUUAAGCUAGUCCAUAGGUUCCUUCUUGUAAUUCUGAAAUGAAAAAUCAAGGUAAAUGGGAAUGAUAAUCGUACAGGAAAAUAUUUAAUAAACUAAUGGUAUUUAAGAAUAGAUCCUGAAUUUGUAUUACCUAUACAAAGCUACUAAUAAGCACAUUAAGAGCCAUUUAAAGCAAAAUAAUAAGCACAUUUGAUUUACUACA